CCUCUUGUUGUAUCUCUGGUUCUCCUCACUCCCUGUGUCGUUGCUGCUGAAGUUACCAUUAGCAACUGGGCAGCGCCCAACUCGACUCCCACUUCUGACUGACCGCCGGUGUCCGGUCAACACUGCAGGUAAACUUCCCCCGGAUUUCCAGACAAUAGGGAAGGACUUGACAGACAAGUGGAUCACAGACUCUUAGACAGGCCAUGGUUCACACAUGAGGUCACAGUGAGUGGCACUGCCAUGUUGCCAGGAGUUGGUGUCUUUGGCACAGGGAGCACAGCCCGGGUGCUGGUCCCAUUGUUGAAAGCUGAAGGCUUUGAGGUUCAUGCAUUAUGGGGGCGAAGUGAAGAGGAAGCAUUCUGCUUGGCUAAGGAACUUGGAAUCCCAUUCCACACUAGCCGAUCUGAUGAUGUUUUGCUGCAUCAAGAUGUCGACCUCGUUUGCAUCUAUAUUCCUCCCUCAAUGACAAGACAGAUUGCCGUCAAAGCACUGGGUAUUGGUAAGAAUGUUGUGUGCGAGAAAGCUGCAACUGCAGUGGAUUUAUUCAAGAUGGUGACCGCAGCCAGAUACUAUCCCCAGCUGCUCAGCAUGAUGGGUAACACCCUGCGCUUUCUGCCAGCGUUUGUUGCAAUGCGCCAGCUGCUGGUGGAGGGAUAUGUCGGUGAAGUGCAGGUGUGCGAUGUUCGUGUCUAUGGCCCAAGCCUCCUGGACCAGUCGUACGGCUGGACCUGUGAAGAGCUGAUGGGAGGCGGCGGUCUGCACACCGUUGGCUCCGCCAUCAUUGACCUUUUAAGUUACUUGACUGGUUCCCGAGCCAAUCGUGUGCACGGCUUAUUGCGCACCUUUGUCCAGCAAAACAACUUGAUCCGAGGCAUCCGUCGCGUCACCAGUGAUGAUUUUUGUUUCUUCCAAAUGCUGAUGGGUGGAACUUCAUCCAGCUCUGGUGGCAUGUGUUGCACUGUAACCCUGAACUUCAACAUGCCGGGGUCGUUUGUGCAUGAGGUUAUGGUAGUCGGAUCGACUGGGAGGUUGGUUGCCAGGGGGACAGAACUGUACGGUCAACGCAAUGGAGGUAAAGGUGAGGAGCUGCUGCUAGGAGACCAUGGAUGGGUGGGACCAGAGGCGAAAGAGAUGCCCCUGCCUCACCUGCGGGGUCUGAGCUCCAUGGUGAAGGCACUGAAAGAGUCUUUUCAAGCUCACGAGGAGCGCAGGUUAUGGGCACGUGGACCCGUUGCCAUGGCACCAACAUUCGAAGACGGCCUGUAUGUGCAGACGGUGGUCGAAGCGGUGAAAAGGUCCAGCUGCAGUGGAGAGUGGGAGUGUGUCGAGAUCAUGAGUCAAGAGCCAGAUCCCAACCAUAAUCUGUGUGAAGCACUGCAGAGAAAUAAGAACUAAAUAUAUUUAUACAACCAGUGCAACUACUACAUGUCUGACAAAACAGGAUCCUGUAAUCCUGCUGCUUUAGCAGUUAACGCUAUGACUACUUUUUCACUAAUGGUGCACAGAUUGUGAAAUUAUGGGCUGACAUCGAUGUCUAACUCAUACAGAUUGUUAGUUUUAUUUUCGUGUUUCUUUUGUGGCAGGGACACAAAGAUAUCUUCAUUAUGAAAAAAAUAAAUAAUAGCUUUUGGCCUUUCACACUGGCACGUUACCAAUAAAUAAUCAUAUAUUUAAUGAUGCAAAUAUGUGGAAAUAACCUUUAAUACUGCCUUCAAUCACAAACGAUAACUCAAAACAUUUUCUUCAGUAUACACAGCCCAGAUAAACAUUGAUGUCUGUGUUGGCAGAUGUUAUCUUGCUGAUUGGUUGAUGUCACUCAGUCAACAAGGUGAACAUUCGGUUUCAAUUUGACCAGAAUGCUUUGUUUGAGAGUAAAUAAGAGUGUUGUAGAUGUUUAUACCCUCACAGUUGCUGUUUUGUCUCACACUUGUCACCCACACCGCCGUUAUUCUAAUCCUCAUCUGAAACCAUCACACAGUCUUUUUUAGUUUCAGCCUGCCACAGUGUAGACACAAUUCAUGCAAACACAAAGGUCAGAUCUUUUCUUCUUCUUUUUGAGACCUCCGCUUUAAGUCACAGUCAUGACUAUAGAUGCUAAUUAUGGCCAAGUCAUAUGUGCAAAAAGGUCAUCACAAUAAAUAAAUUAUAAUCUCUCAGCUGACAGUUAUCAUUGACCAGUGUCAGACAGUCAAACAUUGAGUUGUCCCCUCAGUGACACGUCUCAGAAAUCUGAUGUAAAACAUUCAAUUGAUGCAAAAACACGUCAGUUUACUUUAUAUUGAACCUUGGUUAUAUUGCCGUUGAAGAAAAUUCUGUUGUGAUGCUUUCUCUUAUGGAAUUAUUUCACAGUUCUAGUUAAUGUGUUGUUUUUGUGGAGUUUUCAAAAAAACAGGUGAGUGUUAGUCGACCUUUUUUUUUUUUGUAGUUGUAUGGGUACUUGAAUGUAGAAGGCUGAAUAAGUACCUGAUCUGUGCAGAGAGGAUGAAGUGUUUGCAAGAUUUCCCAAAACUAUUGCUAAAGCAUGAACACAAUGACGGCCUGUUUGUCCAGUGGCAAUAAGUAAAUAAUCACUAACGUAAUGUUUGGAUGCAGCACUGUUUGUAAAAGCUGUUUACUUGGACACAGAGUGAGGUUAAGUUCUCAGUGUUUUUACAGUCCAUCAGAUAACAUUAGAACCUCUACUGUACUAUUACAUUUACAUAUAUAUAUUUAUGACCUAGUUUGUGUCGACGUGUUCCCUAAAGCACCUUGUUCUGAAUGGAAGUGUUUACCACAGACGUGAAUGUGAAUAUCAAAGCACGAGGAUGAUCUGACUAACAAAUCACUAUCAGAAUUCAAAUGACUGUCCAGUGGAGAGAGAGAGAGAGAGAGAGAGAGAGAGCAGCAACCACUCUAACUUCAGAAUUGUGAAAUUGUGUCGUGUCGUAAAAAAAAUACCUUCACAUAGAUGAGAUGGCAGGGAUUGAGUAAAAAUAAGCUAAACUGUAUAAGGAAAAAUUACCCCCCCCAAAAAAUGUGUAGUUCAGGUUAUUUGAAGUAGGAAUUGAUAUAAAAUAGUGCAAAUGCAUAGUCAAUGUGUUAAAUAGCGUAGACGGCAUUCAGUGUGCUGCCUGUUUGAAAGGAAAAUGCUGAAAGUAUUCCAAAUAUAACAAACAUUGUGUGUACAUUUUAUUGAUAUUUUCAGUAGGGCCUUCUCCAUAAUGUUUUCUCUGCUGUUCCCAUUCACUUGGAAACAAUGGGUAAAUUGUGUUCCGGUCCUCCCAUCUUCCUCUCCAGACUAUGACUGGCUAUGCAUAAGUACCUUAUACACUUCCACUUUAAAAAAAAAAAACCUGAACUAUUGUUCCUCCUUUCUUGUCAAACAUUUGAGUACCACCAAAACAUUAUAAGCUAGUAAGAAAACAACAACCACGUCAGAGCCCCGUGAAAAUUUUACUGAUUUAGAAAGCGGCUUCAAUAAGGACAGCGCAGCGUUCAUGUUUUAUUACAAGUAUUGUGUUUUUGAUGUUGACUAUACGGAGGUUUCUCAGAUGGGGGAUUACAGGAUCAUUGCAGAAUCAAUUGUUUAUUUAAUCUAACCAUUAAAACUGACUGAAGAGGGAACCUACCAGCUUUUAACUGUAAUUUGUUGAGUUUACACAUUGUACAGAUUAUUGACAGAGUAUAAUUUUCCUUAGGUAGAUGAAUAGAUUCAGUCCUGUCCUUAGAAAGUGAACUUCUAUUGUUAAGCUGUCAGACGUAGACAUGAAGACGGAGUUAAAAAUGUGUGUAAAAGUUUGUUUACAUGUGUGGAGUGAUUCUGUUUUUACAAGAUUUUUAUUUUUAUGCAGUCCAUGCAUUUAAAGUUUUGUUUUACGUUAUGUUCAGCCCCCCCCUUUACAGCGGCCCUGAAAUCUUUCGUAGAGUAGAUCCACUGGAUUUGACGAGUGUGAGUAGAAAUGUGUGUCUCUCACACACAGGGAGACGGGAAGUGUGUUGUUUGUGGGUUUUGUAGUUGUUGACUACAUCUCUCAGUUCUGCUGAACAUCCUGUGAUAUUGACAACAGAGGCAGCACUGGUAUUAGAUUGGUUUGUUCUUCUUACAGUGGACCCGCAGACACAUGCGUGUUAAACACUUACCUCGCGCUUUCCCAACGGUGCUUUACUUAAUCCCUGAGUUUACAUUGAGUGUUUUUAAUUAACUUGUCUGCAGUUUCUUCCAUUAUGCACCACUGUUAAAAUACAUUCCAGCUGAGUUUUUUUUUUUUUGCACUGAUAACUGCUAUAAUGACACCUAUUUAAUACAUGCAAUGUAAUGUUUGUACCAGCCAGCUCACUGCACAGAUGACUUUCACAUUUUGUCUGUAUAAGGAAGAUGUUUUUUUUUUAUUAUUUAUUUAUGUUUAGGUGUGGAGGAAUCGUUCAGUGUUUGUAUGAAUAUCUGUAAAAAAAGGUGUAAUAUUUAUCGUUUAGAGUUUUAAUUGAUAGUAUGGCUUUUUGAGCACAAUGUGUUGCAUUUAAUUUGGGGUAAUGUGUUGUUCAUCUGCCAACAGAUAUUUCCUAAAUAUUCCUAAAUAAAUACAGUUGUCUUCUUCA